UCGUCAAAAAAAUAAUAUCUGUCAUCCAAUUGUCAUCAAAAAUCGAAAACAAUUUUGUGAUUACUGCAAAAUAAACAACAAAAAAACUUACAACAAAUUGUAAUAUUAUGGUCGGAAUAAACAUGAACGGCCCCGCUAGGGAUAGAGUGAUGAAAUUAAUAGAAGAUAAAGAUAAAAUAGAAAGUGAAAUAAGGGAACACACUGCGGUAUUGGAGACUAACAAUGUUGGUAUGGAUGACCCAUUGGUGGACUCUGAAGGAUUUCCUCGCAAUGAUAUAGAUGUUUAUAAAGUCCGACAUGCAAGACACCGCAUCAUUUGCCUACAAAAUGACCACAAAAGCCUGAUGAAGUUAAUAGAAAAAGGUUUAGCAGAAGUGCACAAAGAUCUGCUUGGUUCCAACGGUGAGGGUCGGGCAGUGAACGGUGCGUCUUCAAGCAACGGCCAUGGUAACGGUACAAGCAGUGGAGAUACGGCUGCAGCAGCUGCCGCAGCUGUUGAGGAUGAUAAAGUCUUCGCCGUUGUUGGUUUUGUUCAUGACGGAUCACCUGCUGAUAUAGCUGGUCUACAAGAACAUGAUGAAAUUCUCCAAUUUGGUUCAGUAAACCACCAAAACUUUCAAGAUAUGACUCAAAUUAAUAACAUUGUGGCUCACUCUGUUGGACAAAGAGUGAAUAUCAAAGUGAAAAGAGGCAAUAACGUAUACAAUUUGACAGUUUUGCCCCGGCCAUGGCAACAACCGGGACUUUUGGGUUGCCAUAUACAGAGAAAAUCGUAAAUUGGUACAUUUAUUUGGAGAGUGAAUUUAGUUUUAUGGGAGCAAGAAAAAUUGUUGAAAAUAAGACCUUGUUAGGUAAUUAGUUGGUGCGAUAUCAAUGUUUAGAAACAUUAACCACGCAUAAAAUGUGGUUUUAAAAACGUACCAGCUUUUGUACCACCUUUAAACUACCGUCCCGAACAAAAUUAGUGGACUAAACCUGUUACUAAAGCGGGUACUUUUUAAAACCAAGUUUUAUAAUAAUGUGGUAUAUGUUUUUAUUUCUAUGGAGCAUAAAAGUACCUAAUUGGUGUAGAAUCGUAUCAUACGCUUACUGGCUGAUGCUGCACCAACUAAUCAAGAAAUACAGUUUUCAUUAUUA